UCGGCCACACGUCAGUCUCACGUGAGAGUCAAGCUGAGCCGCUAGAAACUCCAACUCAGUGCCGAAGAGAGAGCAAAGCAGGACGGGAGGAAAAUGUUGCGGGUCACGAGCUCCGGGACCGGCUGAUCAGUAACCGACUUCACACACCGGAAGCCACACACGAUUGAUCAUCGCGUUAAAUUUCACUCAUCAUCAUCGGUUCCUCCCAAGACUGGACGUCUUGAGUUCUCUGUGGAGCACCAGUCCUCUGAGGUCUCUCCAUGCCUCCAUCUCCACUCGACGACAGAAUUGUGGUGGGGCUGCCAAGGCCUAUAAGACCUCAGGACCUCCGACUCCGCCUGGACACCAGCUACCUGGAAGCCACCGUGGGCUCCGUGGAUACCGUCAGCGAGACGACGGUCAUCAGAAGCACCACAGUGGUGAAGAUCCAGGCGACCAAGCUUUCGUAUAUGCCCUCGUCCAGCGGCUCCACGCGCUCGUUGACGUGUGGAUGCACCAGUGCCAGCUGUUGCACCGUGACGACCUACGAGAAAGACGGGCAGACGCGGUCCCUGAGCCGGGUCAGCGCCAGCAGCCCCGAUCUGAACUCUGGAGUCAGCUAUGGCGUUCACCCCGUGCCCCCCGUGCCGUCGGCGGGCCGCAGCGAGGCGUACAGCGCUCCCAGUCUCACCUCCGCCGUGACCAGGGGCGGCAUGCGGGUCAUCCACCCUAGCGAGCUGGCGAGGAGGCUGAUGCACUGCCCCGAGGGUCACCCGGUCGGCCCCGUGCCUGUCAUCAUCGACUGUCGGCCCUUCAUGGAUUUCAACAAGAGUCACAUCAGGGGCGCGGUGCACAUUAACUGUUCGGACAAGAUCAGCCGCAGGCGACUCCAGCAGGGCAAGAUCACGGUUCUGGACCUGAUUUCUUGUCGUCAGAGUAAGGACUCCUUUAAGGGUAUUUUUUCCAAAGAGCUGGUGGUGUAUGACGAAACCACAGUCGACCCUGGACGGCUAACACCGUCUCAGCCUCUUCACGUGGUCUUGGAGUCUCUACGCAGGGAAGGAAAAGACCCCAUCGUCCUUAAAGGUGGUCUCGCUGGUUUUCGACAGAGCCAUGAAGAUCUCUGCGAAAACUCUCUUCAACCGAUGGAAGGGCAGGACGGCAGUACCGCCAUGGGCCUGACGGGGGUGCUACCUCAUUCUAUACCCUCCACACCAGAUAUAGAGAAUGCAGAGGUGACUGCGAUCCUCCCUUUUCUGUUCCUGGGCAACGAAAGAGACGCUCAAGACCUGGAACUAAUGCAGCGGUUAAACAUCGGGUACAUCCUCAACGUGACCACGCAUCUGCCGCUCUACCACUACGACCUCGGGCACUUCAACUACAAACGUUUACCGGCCACCGACAGCAACAAACAGAACCUGCGGCAAUAUUUUGAGGAGGCGUUUGAGUACAUAGAAGAUGCUCAGCAGGCCGGUCAGGGCCUCCUCAUUCACUGCCAGGCCGGUGUGUCUCGUUCGGCUACCAUCGUCAUCGCCUACCUGAUGAAGCACAGCUGGAUGACCAUGACAGAUGCCUACAAGUUUGUCAAGUCUCGACGGCCUAUCAUCUCCCCCAACCUCAACUUCAUGGGUCAGCUUUUAGAGUUUGAAGAAGAUCUUAACAACGGCGUCACUCCACGUAUACUCACGCCCAAACUCAUAGGCGUCGAGACGGUCGUAUAGCAUCUCCUUCUGAGCGGUCUGCAAGAUGAUAUCCAUUCAUUAGGGAUCUUUUAUUUGAGCUAAAUGAGGAUUUCCGCUUCAGGAUAUCCUUAAGUGGCCAUUUAAGGCCUUUUUUCCUUCACUCUCGUGAAUUUCGAGAUGAGGAUUGGGUGUCAAGAUAAACACUGUGUUUUGCGGUCAUGUGCACUUGGCCGCUGGUGCUUGCUUUAGCUCCAAGGGGAGAGAAAAGAUUAAGGCUUUUGGUAUGCCAGUAUUCUAAUUUUAUUUUUAUACAGGAGAGCGACCGCUGGCACGGCCACGACAAGCCUACGGUGGCUUCACUGUGCAAUAAUUUCUGAGCGGAAAGCAUCCGGGGGAGCGAUGUGUACUGUAUAUAACCAUUUGUGAGGAAGACUUUUACGUGACCUCGUUGCAUACAUUUUCAUUGGAGUCGAGUUUAAAGUGGACCCGAUCGUCUCUGUGCUGAACGAUUUGUGGCUUUCAUCUUCACAGCAUAAAACACCUAAAACCAGCGUAUGAGUGCCAGUCUGUGUAAGGGUUUUUACCAUAAUCAUGAUUAUCUCUGACAAUCACAACUACUUAUUUUAACAAGUCCAUUACAAAUAAAUAACUGCAUGAUAAGAAAAAGAAUAUGGACCAGUACAAGUAUAUAUAUUGAAUAUUAAAUUAUAUAGUUAUAAUAACCAUUUGCUUGAAGAUAUAAAGAACAAUUGAAUGUUUACCCUGAUAUUUUCCAUAUGAUAUAUAAGUAAAUGAAGAUAUCUCCAAAAAUGACAAAAAAUUUGAAAGAUGGAAAGCUUACAGUGUGCAAAUAUAAUAUAUGUGUGCAUAUAACUUCAUAUGGAUUAUAAUUGUGUUAAGCAUUUUAUCAUUUUUGGAGUUUGUAUGGAAAAGUUUCUGUUUUACUGAGAAACAACAUUUGUAAAUGACAUGAGGGUUAGUAAAUACUGUUUCCUUUAAAGGGUACUUCGACUAUAAAACGUUAUACUUUAUUUGCCUUAUACUACUGUAAUUUAUUAAUAAAAAAAGUCACAUUUUAAUUAUUUCAAAAAAUCUCAACAUGUAAUACUCAUUUGAAGCUAUAGAGGCCGCUAUUAAGUUUUGCGCAUAGUGCAUUCUGGGUCAAUGACGUGUAACUGUUCAUACCAGACGCGAAUGAAGCAAAUGAGUUGCUUUAUUCGCGUGUAGUUGGACGCUUGAACAUUUUGAGUUAACGCGUAAAUUCUCACACGAAUUUGACGCAAUUUUUGAGUUAAUGCGUAAAUUCUCACACGAAUUUGACGCAAUUUGCCGGCUUUAGCCUCAGUAUGUAUGUAUAUAUGUCCAUUUUUAACUCUCAUCUUCUGGUUCACAUCAUUUUACAAUCUUACUGAUUGAAGACUUGCUUACCAUGUUUACAUCGCUGUAGCAUUAAUAGAAUGAGUUUUGUUUGAAACCUUUUGACUUCAUGAUUUGUGAUGUAAACAAAAUGGCGGCCUCCGAAUGAAAAGAUUUUAUUAAAGUUUUAAAAACUAUGCCAUUUAAUUUCACAUUCAUAUAGCCAAUCCCAGUGUUAAUCUAUUAAGCCAUACAUGUGUUUAUAGUUGGGGUACCCUUUUAACAUCAUAACACAUUCAGUCUGUUUAUCUCUUCACAUAUUAAAUAGCAAUAGGCUCCGGGCCGGAUCCGUACCAGGUCUGCUCCGAAGGCGGCAGCUCCGGUCUGGAUCCGUUGCGGAUCCGCCCCAGAGCCUAUUGCUAUUCUGCUCAUGUUGGUAUGUUUUCACUGUGUUGAACUUUUUCUCUGUUACACACUUCAGACUUUGUCGUCAGUAAUUGUCCCUCUAUUGGUGCCUUACCUCUUGACUACUCGUGACGUUUUUUUUUUCGAGUGGGCAAUGAUAUGAAUUUCUUUUUAAUGUGUUAGAUCAGUGUCCUAAACUUUAGCUCCAUCACACCUGUGUGUAGUGUUUCAGGUGUGUUUGAUCAUGGAUGGAGCUAAACUCUGCAGGACAAUGGACUUUAACACCAAUAUUAUGGGGCUGGUUAUACGUCAUUCUAAUGGGGCUAAGUUAUAAACUGAAGAAGUUAUAAAUAAAUAAGAGCAAGUUCUUAUUUCCCAUGAAAAACUGAAAUGCUGUGAAUUAACAAACUCUGGGUUUGUCUAAAUAUUGAAAUACAAAGAAAUUAUUUUUCAUUGUGUAAUCUCUCAACAUUUAAAAUGUUUUCUAUAUAAAGUUUUAUUAUUUAGCUUUACACAAAUUUUCUCACUUUGGCAUAAUACUACUUUUUAAAAAAGUAAUACUACUAGACGUAACCUUUAGUAGUUAAAACGUUUCAAAUUGUAUCCCUAUGUUUGUCAUUUAUAUUUAUGGAUGUGAAUUGGGCAGGUUAACAAUAACGUACAGUCAGCAUUCACAAAUAAACCAGACCCUGACAAACGGGUCUUUGUUUUUGCAGUAAUAACCUGGCUAACUGUACAAAUUAGUGAUGCACCGAUAUAUCGGCCUGUAAUCGGUAUCGGCUGUGUGAUUGUUUUGAAUUGGGUCACAAUGACAACAGAAUUGCAGUUUUACAAUUUUCACUUCUAGGAUUUCACAAUACAAUUUAAAAGAAGUAGUAAACAGUUAACUAUCGGUAUUGGUAAAUAUCAUUCUUAGUAAUCGAAUAUCGGUAUCGGCACAGAAAUUUUGUAUUGGUGCAUCCCUAUUACAAUUACUGUAUAAUGUUUUUAAAGAAUAUGUAUACAGUUAUAUUCCUGUUAAUCUCUACUGUCAUGAAUUUAAUUUUUUUUAAUCAAAUGAUAUGACAUAAGGGUUAAAACCAGAGCAACACACUGAACCAAAAACCCUCAGUGUCGAAAACCAAAACCAAUUACCAUUUUCCUUUUCUAAUUCAUUCUGGGUCCUACAAACCUAAAACAGACAUCAUUCAAUUAAAAUGUUGGACGACAAUUUCUGAAUGCAAAGCACAUUUUUAAUAUUCAAAUUGCUUUUUAGCUAUAUCUGUAUAUUUACUGCUGUUUGUUGGAUGUGCAAAGAUUCUCUUACAUUAACGUUCGGCUGAUGCGAAUUGCAACUCGCAGCCUUUUUAUUUUUACAUGCUGAUUUUCUGUCACUUUUGUGUCACACUGUGCUUGUAUGAGCGUAACCCCGAGCAUCUGAAUCCGCCUCAUGGAUUUAAAGGGCAAAAAUACUCUGGGUGCACUCAUGAAAAUAUGAAAAUUAUUGCAGCUGUAGACAUUUGCAAACAAAUCUCUAUGCAUUGUUUAUAUUUUGCACUGACUUUUUUAUUUAGUAUUUUUCCCCACAAAGGUGCUAUGAUGCUGGAGGCCUUCCGCAAUGUUUUUGCAUGACCUGCUUUGGUAAAGUGUCUUCCUGUAAGCCAAGAGCUCUCUUUAAAUGUCAGAGUUCAAAACACAGAUUAUUUUGUAACGUGAGGUUUGGAAAUAAACAAACAAAAAAUA